UUGGGGGGAACAACAGCAAUAAUACAACCUGAGCGUUUGUUUAUAAAAAACUAAAAUUAAUUGCUCUCAGACUUAUAAACUUGACUGAAUCAUGGAAAGCAAUCGGAAGGCAGGAACCUCUGAUAAUGGAUGGCUGUUUAAAUGGUAGUGCGCGAUGGGAUUCCUUGGACUGGCUAAAGAGCAUUACAAAGUUACCGGUGGUCGUCAAAGGAAUAUUAACAGAGGAAAUGGCCCUUGAAGCACUCAAACACAACGUUCAUGGAAUAAUUGUUUCAAAUCACGGAGGAAGGCAGAUAGACAGUACUUUUUCAACAAUUGAUUCGCUACCAGAAGUAGUGAAAGCAGUGAAUGGUAGAUGUGAUGUUUACUUGGAUGGUGGAAUUCGUAAAGGAACAGACGUCGCAAAAGCAAUUGCUUUGGGUGCUAAAGCUGUUUUUGUAGGAAGGCCAAUAAUUUGGGGACUAGCGUGUGAUGGAAAGACAGGAGCACAGCGAGUGUUGGAAAUUUUAAGAGAUGAAUUUACUUCAACUAUGCAACAACUCGGUGUAACGUCAAUCAAAGAACUACAAUCGACUCCUAAUUUAGUCGUCCACGAGUCUUUUGUACUUCGGAACAAGUAGAAUGGAGAGAUAUGAAGCAACAUAACUUCUGGCAUAGAUUUUUUCAUUUCUCUGGAAUAGUGCUGUUAAAAUGCUUUAUCGGUUUUCCGCUCGUUUGAACCUUAACAUAGUAUAUAUCAAACCAUCGUACUGGAGCUUGCAGCUAUUUAUAAAUUAUCGGUCUGUGAGCUGAUGGACAAAUAUGACAAUAAUUGUCUACAUAUUGCAUUUGAUGGUUAUUUUAUCGAACAACACAAAAUAAGCCUACAGCCAUUCUUUCUUUUUACCACGUUUGUUACAAUCCAAAAUUGUUUUGGAUACAAGAGAGUAAAAAUGUGAAACGAUAUGACAAGUGCGUUAAAGAGCAGGCCUCAUCAGCUGCCUUCAAAGCAGAGUUUAUAAAAAAAAAUUGUGAAAAUAUAUUCUGUGACUACCCCGGCCACAACCACCUUUUUGAAGCUUUUCAAAGAUCAUGAAUGUGACACAUUAUCAACUUUUGAGUUAGUACUAGUUAGUAAUUUUUAAUACUAGCAACGGAGAGUACCGGUAUUGAUUCACAGAGGUUGUGUUUUGUGCUGUUCAUCUCCAAUUAUAACUGAUUGAUGAUCUCCGUUACUAAUAUUUUAAAACUUUUACAUUUCGUCACAUUUAUUUACAUUUUUUGCUCUGUUCGUACUUGUUAAUUUUCAGCCUACAUACACUCUUGACAAGUCAGAUAUUUCAUUGAAUAAUGAUCAUUUAUAUACAGAAAAUAUUUGUAAACUGCUGUCUACUGGUCUAUAUAAUAUCAUACUAAAUCUUGUAUAAAGGCCGUUCGUCCGGAUGAUGAAUAAGUUGCUAAUAUCCGGAAAGUUGCUAAUAUCGCAUUAUUGAUUA